AUGUACAAACGCAAGUCCAAGAGACGCCGAGGGAGGGGAGAUAAAAGCAACGCGAAAGGCAUCAGAUGGAAGCAUGUUCACCAGCAGGCUGGGCGUUACAAGGGACCCCGCAGUCGAACCUUUGAGGGUGGGAAGCUGCCUCUCUACAGGCGUAUUCCCAAGUGGCCAGACGCCUGGCUUGCCCGGCAGCGGAAAGUGCUGGAGCCACUGAAUCUAGCAAAGCUGCGCACAUUCAUUGAGAGCGGCCGUCUCGAUACGCGGUUCACCAUCACCCAGCGGCAUCUUCACGACAGUCGCUGCGUGAAAGUGAAGAAUGGCGUUCGUCUUUUCAACGUGAACGACUACCCAUUCCCCUACAAAGUCAGCAUCGAAGUGGCCGGGGCUGACCAGUCGUCGAUCGACGCGAUUCGCCGUGUUGGCGGCGAGGUCAUCAUUGUCUACCGGAAUCCCCUCAAUUUGCGGGCUCACAUCAAACCGUACAAGUUCGAAGUUCUUCCGAAAACAGCGAGGCCGAAUCUCGAAAUGGUUCACUACCUGGAGAAAAUGCGGGCGCGCGGCUGCGUCGUGAAAUACGUGAAGCCGCAGUGGCUGAUCGAUGAAGAAAAGAGCCUAAAAACAGAGCUCGCAGAGUUCGAGGCAGAGGCGCUCAUUGCAAAAGGGCAAGCCAUUGAGCGAGGCGAUCCGGACCUCCGCGAAAGCGUCGACGACCUUCAGCAGCGCCUCCUGAAGCGCUUCCGCCUGCGCGAGACGCUGGCAGCGGAGUUGCUGCGCCAACAAGAGGCCAGAGAAAAAGAAGAGAACGAGGAUGAAACGAGAGAGUAG